AUGACUUUCGAAAGUAAUGAGGAAAGUGAGAGCAUUGAAGAGGGUAAAAAACGAUUUGAAAACAUUAAGCAACAUAUUGAAAAGUUGCGACAAAUUGUUGAUGAACAGUGUGAUGCAGAAAAUUACAGAUGGAUAAAGAACGUAGAAAAGUGUUUUGAUGAAACUC